UUCACCAUUGCGUUUUUGCUGGGUUUUGAAGGAAAGAAAGACAGCAACAAGUAAAGUUGAGCCCUUCAUUCUCUGGUUUACAACAGAUAUUAAAGCCUGUUUGCUUAAAGGAAUAUUUGGUGGGGAGGGUAAUGGUAAAAGGAGUUCUCGUGUGUGGCCAUUUAAACUCCAGGAAGUGGUGCUACUUCCUGUAAGCACUGACUGCUCAAGAGUGGAAGGAACGGAGAAGGAAAAAUGACUACGCGUUUUUUUUUCCCCUCAUCUUGUGAAACAAUUUCACGGAAGAACAGGAUUUGGCCAACAGCUGUCUUGGGUGCUUUAGGGCAGGAGUGGGUUUUGUAACAGGUGUGGAGUUUGGAGUAGAGCUUUCUUAAAGGUCACCCUUGGCUCUUGCCUUGCAUGAAGUCACAUUGUGUAGUUACUAGAAGGUGCUCAUGUAGAAUGACUAGAGAAAUACAAAGCCUGUGUAGGACUGCGGCUGCUGAACACAAGUUUGUCUAUAAAAAAACACUUCUAAAAGUGUUGGUUAGCAUUUAGAUAUUGCAGAUUAGUCUUUAGACAUCUCCUCUGUCAGAGGGAGUUGUCUGGAGGACAACCAGCAAGAUAUUUGCCUGACUCUAUUUUAUUCACCACUGACUCACUUCGAGGAUGCUGCAUGCAGUUUGUAAACUUUGGGAUCUGGAUUACUGCUGUCCCUGUUCCCUGGAACAUCAACAUUUGACUCUAUCCUGAAGGGCUGAGGGAUGGAGUACGUUAGUCUGCUUGCUUGAAUCCAGAGACUUGUGAGUUUGUAUUCAGAAGUGCAUGUGAAGCCUGAAGAGCAUCUGCUUUUUCCACAAACAUCAUUCAAGGCUGGCAGCUGAGACACGGUGACCUUGGCUAUGAUGUGGAGAUCUCCAAAUGGAGCAGAACUCUCAGUUUUGCUGUCAGCCUCCCCUCCAAUCUGUGCUGAUAAUCAAACACUGGUAUAACACUUCUUUUAAAGCUUGAUUUUGGUGAAUUCAUUUAACCUUGUACAUGACAGGAAUUGCGCAGAGUGAUGGAAUGACAUUAACUUGACCCUCAUCUUGGAGGGUGCUGAAGGAACUGUCCUUGUCAGUGCACAGAGCUGGCUGGGAGCAGCAGAGCAGGGAAAAAAAGGGUGUCUUGUCAACUGCUCUGCCAGUGUCCUCCCUUUAGAAAUACUGCCAGAGCUUAUGUGUUGAAGGUGAAGUAAAUACUAAUAAAGCUGACACAAAUUAAAAUGUCUUAGGGCUUCAGUGGAUUAAUUAAACGGUGUGUAAGGAUGUUAAUUGUGGCAAUGUAUUACUGCUAUCCUGCAGGACUCAGGAGAAACCAACAUGAGGUUCCACUCAAAUGCUUUUUGCCACACUGCAGGAGGAGGACAGUCUGCAGCGGGGCCAGUGGCAGCCCAGGAGGGAGCAGGGAGCCCAUCCUGAGAGGGAAAAAGCAGGCUUGGACUGGAGAGAGGCAGCAGCUUCUAUGAUUCUGUUAUAGCCCAACUUUAAGAUGGACCAUCCUGAGGUGCUAGAAGACUACAAAAGUGGACCACAAAAGAAGAUCCCCAGCUUCAUUGUGCCUGAAUGAGAAGCUAGAGGAAAGCUGUCCCAGGAAGCUGCCAAGAUCUUUGGCCUGUCCAGAGAACUGCUGCUGGCAUGGAGAAGGAGGUGUUCACACCAGCUCCUGCACAGGACACCCAGGUGUCUGCUCACAGAAAGCCUGUAUUUAGCAAGUGCAGAGAAAGAAAAGCUAAUAUUCAAAUGGCAAAGAAUUUAAUGAGGAACAGGUCAAGCCGUGCUAGAAGCCACUUCAGACUUCCAGAUCCAAAAACCAUGGCGAUGUGGACAAAGGCCAUGUCUGAGGGAGGAAUGUAUCUCUUCAGAAGCAGUACCUCAAAGGGCAGGGAGGAAUUCAGAGCUUUUCAGGCACACAGACACCCCUGAACCAGCAGACUGUCUACCGCGGGAAGGCAGUGCAGCAGGGAGAAGGACGGAUGGCUUCCCUGAGAAGAACAAUUCAUGGGAUUGUGUUCGUGACUCUGCAUUUAUGAACAAAGCAGUAAACCAGAACAUCUCUUAAACAGAUGGCUUGAGUGAUGGCUUGGGCUUUGUUCCCCCAGUCUGUUUGCUGGGUCAUUCAUGGAUGGAAAGAAAACUUACUGCUUUUGAGUCUUGUGCUAGAAAUUAGGUGUGUCCCCUGGUCCAUCUCCCCCACCUGUUUUUAAACCCACAAGGUAAAAAAAGUGCAAUCCUAUUCAAGAAGUUUGCAAAGACAAUGGGUUGACAUCAAGGAAUCACUUCUGCUUUGGGGCAGGAGAUGUCAGGAAAAGGAUUCUCCAUGCUAGAGCUGCUGUUUCUGCAUUGCAGGGGUCCAGGGGGCUGUUGCCAUGAGGAAGAUUAUGGAGCGGCGGAGAACACAGCAACAAGACACGUUCUUGCUUGGUGCAGGAAAGAGCAAGAAAGAGCAAUUUAUUGAAGGAAGCCAUUGUUUUAAAUAAGGUAGUUUGUGCAAAACAAAAUACAGAGAGAUUUUUGGUUAGAGAAGGAGACACCUUUUCUUUUUGGCUUUUUCAGGGAUCUUGCAGGUGUUUAUUUCUGUUAUGAUUCUUUCUCUUGUGUUUAUAGUAAAGAAGGAGCCUUUAGCUUGGGAAAAAUCUUAGCUGUGGCUGAGAAAGUUUUAUGGCCUGACAAAGGCCUGGCUAAAAUGUGCCUAGGCCUUUAGCAGUUUCCACAGGGGGCCACAUUUCUGCAGGUGUCAGAGGGGCCCAGCCAGAAAACUUCCCAAAAAGGGCCGUGGGAUGUUUAAGGCUGCAGCCAUCCCUGCUUCUUCCUGGGGACACACUGCUGGUGCAGCCAGACACGGCCCAGGCCUCUCCUUGCCCACAGCCCUUCAGGACAGCUCUGUGCACACUGCUGGGCUCUGCAUUCCCACCACAGGUGGCUCUGGGAUGGAGAAGCAACAAGUUCCCUUCAGCAGUUUCUCCUAGGACUGCUCUCCCAGCCAGGGCACCACUGCCAACCAUCACUGAGAUGUCACCUGCAAUGUCCCCACAGCACAGCACAGGCACCACAGUGAUAUGCCAGAACAUUCCAUUGGAACCUGCUGUCUGUUGAUGCCAGUUGGCCUUUGCCUGCCAGCUGGUAGGACACAGCCAAGCUGUCCAGGGCGAUGGCCAUGGAGCAAGAGUUCUCAUCCCUGCGCUUUCCACAGAAGCUUUGGAAAAUGCUGGAAAGUGGCAAGUUUCAGUCAAUUUGGUGGAGUGAGAGUGGAAAAUGUGUGGCCAUCAACAGAGAUCUCUUUGAAGUGGAGGUGCUGGGCAGGGAAGGACAGCAGGUCUUCCACACACAGAAAAUUAAAAGUUUCAUGCGACAGCUGAAUGCAUAUGGAUUCACCAAAAUGCAGCGGAAUUUCCAAAGAUCUGCCUCCCUGCCUGAAUUCCUGGCAGAGGAAGCAGCAGCUUCUGCUCACAGCCAGGAAGAUCCAUCCCUGGAGAGGCACUUCAAAGGCCACAGAGAUGCUGUCACUAGUGUGGACUUCAGUAGCACUAAGAAACAAUUGGUAAGUGGCUCAAUGGAUUCGUGCCUGAUGAUCUGGAGUAUGAAGCCUCAGAUGAGAGCCUAUCGCUUUGUGGGCCACAAAGAUGCAGUUUUGUGUGUCCAGUUCUCACCUUCUGGUCACCUUGUGGCUUCAGGCUCUAGAGACAAAACAGUCCGUUUGUGGAUCCCUAGUGUCAAAGGAGAAUCCACUGUGUUCAAGGCUCACACAGGAACUGUGAGAAGUGUUCAUUUCUCCAGUGAUGGCCAGUCCUUAGUUACAGCUUCCGAUGACAAAACAAUCAAAGUGUGGACAGUUCACAGGCAGAAGUUUCUGUUCUCACUGAACCAGCACAUCAACUGGGUUCGCUGUGCCAGAUUCUCUCCUGAUGGACGAUUGAUAGCAUCAUCCAGUGAUGACAAAACUGUCAAGCUGUGGGACAAAAACAGCAGAGAAUGCAUUCACUCCUUCUGUGAGCAUGGAGGGUUUGUGAACCACGUGGAUUUCCAUCCCAGCGGAAACUGCAUUGCCGCAGGGGGCACAGACAACACGGUGAAGCUGUGGGAUGUCAGGAUGAACAGGCUGCUUCAGCAUUACCAAGUGCACACCUCUGUGGUCAACAGUCUUUCCUUUCAUCCCUCUGGAAACUAUCUGGUUACUGCUUCCAGUGAUUCAACUCUUAAGAUUCUGGACUUACUGGAAGGAAGACUUCUCUAUACUCUUCAUGGUCACCAGGGACCAGCUACCUGUGUAGCAUUUUCAAGAGAUGGAGACUUAUUUGCUUCUGGAGGUUCUGAUGAACAGGUGAUGGUGUGGAAGACUAACUUUGAUGCUGAUUAUGGUGAAGUAGUGAAACCCCAGAAAUAUGGCAGCAGUGUGGAUGGGACUCAUGGCACUGGGCAUUCAGAAAUGGAUUGUGGCAUUCAUCAUAAGAAAACAAAAACUCAGGAUUCUGGUAGGACCCAGGAGCAGCAAGAGCAGGAGACCAGUCUUGCAAACACCCUGGAGCAUAUUAUAGGACAGCUGGAUGUUCUGACUCAGACAGUUUCCAUCCUGGAGCAGAGGCUGACACUCACUGAAGACAAGCUGAAGGAAUGUCUUGAGAAUCAGCAGAAAAUCAUUCAGAACAAAACAAACUGAUUUCCUAAGAUGAGACAGGAGGUGAAGGCUCCUGAGGUUUGAGGUUGUGUUUCUAACAGACCGUGUGUGACUUGCUUUAACAAUUUUGAGCACAUUCUAUUUUUCAAUUGGAAUGUAUAGUUAUUGCA